UAAUUACCUUUUGAAAUUCUACAGGCAUUGCUUACUACGUGGUCUCGGUGUUGAAUACGUAUCCCGUUAGAUAAAAACUCUCAAUCACUGCGCCACCAUGCCAACAUCGAUUCCACAGGCCAACUGAAAGAAAAUGGAAGGCGGGAAAACAUGGCGUGAGGCAAUUUUAUCCGAAGAUUUGAAAACACUUUUUAAGCGGUUUGAAGUCCAAAUCCCAAAUGACGCUUCAGGAAAGUCAUUUGCUGGCAAACUUUUAAAAGGUGAUUUUUUACGUGAUAUCGUUCAGGAUGUAAGAUCUCUUGCAGACGGGGUUGUUAUAACAAGAAAAAUUGACAGAAAUGCGGUCGUUAAACCCGGGACCAUGUAUGCGUUUGAAAUCGAUAUUGGCAGAAUGGGAGACAAAUGUUAUAAGGACCUUACGGAAAGCGGCUUCUUAGACCAAGCAAAUAAAAAUCUCACUCGAGUACUUCUUAUAAAAGCGAAAUCAAUAGGAGUUAUCGAUGCAAAACUGAUUGUUUACGGAAACUGCAAAUAUGAUGUUGACAGAUUAGAUAUCUACUUGCAGCACAUUUAUGAAGAUUUUGAUGAAAUAGCAAAACUUAGUGCAUAUAAGAAGAUAUCUUAUUAUAGAAACUUUGUUAGGGAAAUGAUAGAUACCUUUUCGACUUAUAAUCUCGAUAGGGUAAUUAUCAAAUCCAUGGACAGGGUACUGACAAGAGAAAACAUUAGACGGGUUUGUUUUGAGGUAGUUGUCAGACAUGACAACAACUAUGUUGGAACAGUGGAAAAUACCGCAUAUAAUUGUCGAUAUUCUGGUACUGUUACGAGGAUAAAAGAGAUUUUAACUGAAGAAACAUUAUGUGACACAGCAAGAAAAUUAGGGUCAGAAAUAUGCACAGGGAUCUUAAUGCACAUUGAAAGCGUUGUUCAGACUACACUGUCAGCAGAAUUGGGGAAGAUAAAAUCAGAUAUGUCCACUAUCAUUUUCGUUGAUAUCAUAAAUGAAACGGUGGCUCAAAUAUUCCGUACAAUAUACGGUGUCAUUAUUUCAGUUACUACAUUUUUUAGUACAAUUUUUCGCCCGGUGGAUGUUAAUUCAGAAGAAUGGAGAAGUCUGGUGGCUGAUGAAGUAUACUUCAAUAUUUGGAAAAAGAGAGAUUUUUUAAGAGAUUCUAUACUGGAUAAUCUUACAAAUCUUUGUGCAAAAACAAGAGAAGACUUCGAAUUUAUCACAAGCAAACUGGAAAAAUUCCAAAAAAGAGUUAUUCCAGAAGAUCAAAAACAAUGUAAGUAUAUAAGAUAUUAAUUGAAUAGAUGGUGCGUUUGGUUAACAGGUAAAACGUCAAAUGUCGUAGAGCCUUUUAUUCAAACUAUUAUUCA